UCAAAUCCCCAUGCUUCCCGCCCUCACCAAAACAGCAAAACACAAAGUUCUUGUUCAUUAGAAAUUAAAACCCUUACUAAGGAAAAAAAAAUCUCGCCCAGUUUUUUUGUUUCUCCUCAUGCAUUUUCAUUUUCCGUUCAUUUUAGCUUCUCAACACGAUAGAUUUUCAAUAUCUGAUAUCCCAUUUGAUUUUUUUUUUUAAUUUUCAUUUCUUUUGGAUGAACCUUAUUUGUGUUUUAGAAAUUUUCUUUUGUUUUCAACCGAUUUUAAGCUGAAUUGAGGAUCUUAUUUUUGAUAUAUUUCAUAAUGAGCGGAGACAAUUUUACGGACGGGAUACCCAAAGUCCGUCCGGUUUUGGGUGACAUUUCAAAUCGAUCAGUUAAAAGAGGGUUUUCGUCGAUUUCGGAAAAGUUAGGGUUUGAUUCUCAAGAAGAAGCAGAUUCGCAAUUUGCAAAGCAAGUUCGUAUAGGUGUAGAAACAUUUAUCAAAGAGAAAUCUCAAAAACCCGAAUUUGAACCAAACCCUAAUUUUUUGCCUACUUGUUGUGGUGACAUUGACAUAUUAAAAGAGGAUUUAGUGUCGGUCAAUGACAAAUUUGGUGAGGCUAAAGAAGGGUUUGAAUUGUCUGAUAGUGAUGAUACGUUGGAAGAAGGUCAAGGUGUUGCGGAAGUAGGGUGUACAUUGAAUGAGAAUUGUAGGAAUGAGGGUGAGGAUUUGGGCUUCGGUAGACUGGCAUCGAGUGAAGGUGGGUGUAUUGAGUGGUCGAGGUUGCCGAAGUCGUCCUCGCAGAGUUCUAGAUCAUUUGAGUUGGAGAGGUGUCUGGGACUCAAGAAUGGUGGUGUGAAUUUGAAUGCCGAUAGCAUCCUCAAAGCUUGCUCUUGUUCUUUUUGCUUGAAAGCUGCUUACAUUUGGUCGGACCUUCAUUAUCAGGAUAUCAAGGGUCGAAUAGCUGUUUUGAAGAAAAGUCAGAAAGAAGCAAGAAUUUUAGUUCAGAAAAGUGGCAGGGGGAAACAGACUGACAUGAAUAGCCAGGGAAAUGCCAAUAAAUCUUCAAAAUUAGAAUCCGACCUCACUAGUCAGUGGAGAUCACUCUUUCUUAACAUGGAGGAUAUAUUUGUCCAUGAAGGCAACCAGCUUCAAGCCAGUUACACUGAACUAAAAGAUUUGAGGGAGGAUUGUAAGAUGGAUCUGGAGCGAAUAACAGGGAUGCCUUCAGAGAAAUAGGAGUGUGCUUGUGACGCUUUGUCGAUUGUUUGUACGCCAAAUUCCAGCCAUUUGUAUUUGUAUGUCCACGCCUCUGUGUGUCUAUAACAGAUUCUAUGUUAUUGUUUGGUAAACUCUAAUGUGUUUGCAGUUGUCCAAAAGUAUAAAAUGUAUGAUCUCAUUUUGUAAUGACUGUUGUUUCUUAGUAUGUGCUUAAAAGUAUUAUCCAUUUAGUGAA